ACCGCGAGAACGUCGCGGCGCUCAUCGACAACACACGCCCCCGACGCCGAUAACUAUCACGAUUCACGACACUCGCAGCGAUACCACUCCACAAUCACACAUUCGACACCGCCAAUCCAUGGCCUUGGCGACGCCGCUGCGGCUCCGCCGCCACCUCCUCCUCCCCGCCGGGCCGUCCCCGGCGACCCACCGCGCCCUGUCGCUGCGGCGGGGCCGCCUCCUCCCCGCAAGCCUGUCCGCCGCAGCGGGCGGGCGGCCGACGGUGCUGGUGACGGAGACGCUGGGUUCCGCGGGGCUGGACCUGCUGCGCGCCUUCGCCAACGUGGACUGCUCCUACGAGCUGACGGCGGAGGAGCUCCGCGCCAAGGUGUCGCUCGUGGACGCGCUGGUGGUGCGCAGCGGGACGCAGGUGACGCGGGAGGUGUUCGAGGCCGCGCGCGGCAGGCUCCGUGUCGUCGGGCGCGCCGGGGUCGGCAUCGACAAUGUGGACCUCCAGGCGGCCACCGAGGCCGGAUGCCUAGUCGUCAACGCGCCCACCGCCAACACCGUCGCCGCCGCCGAGCACGCCGUCGCGCUCCUCGCCGCCGUGGCGCGCAAUAUCGCGCCGGCCGACGCGUCGCUCAAGGCCGGCAAAUGGCAGCGGGGCAAGUAUGUUGGCGUUACCUUGGUGGGCAAGACGCUAGCUGUCAUGGGUUUCGGCAAGGUCGGUCCAGAGGUGGCUCGACGCGCGAGAGGACUCGGGAUGGACGUCGUCGCCCACGACCCAUACGCUGCCGCCGAUCGAGCCCGGGCGGUCGGCGUCGACCUGGUGUCGUUUGACGAGGCCAUCUCCACGGCGGACUUCAUAUCGCUGCACAUGCCUCUGACCCCGUCGACGGCGAAGCUUUUCAACGACGAGACUUUCGCGAGGAUGAGGAAGGGCGUCAGGAUCAUCAACGUUUCGCGGGGCGGAGUCGUCGACGAGGAAGCGUUGCUGAGGGCACUUGACAACGGAACAGUUUCCCAGGCUGCGCUCGAUGUAUUUACUGAGGAGCCACCGCCAAGAGACAGCAAGCUAGUGCAGCAUGAGAAUGUCACUGUCACACCACACCUUGGGGCUAGCACAAUAGAAGCGCAGGAAGGUGUAGCCCUCGAAAUUGCAGAGGCUGUUAUCGGUGCACUGCGAGGAGACCUGGCUGCCACGGCUGUCAACGCCCCGAUGGUCCCUGCCGAGUGCAUCGCUUCCCACAGGUUCUAUCCGAGUUAUCUCCAUACGUUGUCCUUGCGGAGAAGCUGGGCCGGCUGGUGGUGCAGCUGGUGGCCGUUGGCAGCGGGAUCAAAGGCGUCAGGGUGGUCUACUCGUCCGCCAGAGACCCUGACGACCUGGACACGAGACUCCUCCGCGCCAUGGUCACCAAGGGCAUCGUGGAGCCGAUCUCGAGCGCCUUCGUCAACAUCGUCAACGCGGACUACGUCGCGAAGCAGCGAGGCCUCAGGAUCGUGGAGGAGAGGGUCUUCCUCGACGGCCCGCCCGAGGUCCCGCUCGACUCCAUCCAGGUCCAUCUCGCCAACGUGGAGUCCAAGUUCGCCGGAGCCCUGUCCGACGCGGGCCACAUCUGCGUGGAGGGCAAGGUCAGGGACGGCGGCGCGUCGCACCUCACGCUCGUCGGGUCCUUGAGCGUCGACGUUAGCCUUGAGGGCAACCUGAUACUGUGCGGCCAGCUCGACCACCCGGGCAUCAUUGGGAGAGUGGGGUCGAUCCUGGGAAAGAUGAACGUGAACGUGAGCUUUAUGAGCGUCAGUAGGACUGCUCCCGGGAAGCAGGCGAUAAUGGCCAUUGGAGUCGACGAGGAGCCUGGGAAGGAAGCUCUCAAAUUGAUCGGUGACACGCCGUCUGUUGAGGAGUUUGUCUUUCUUAAGCUAUAGAGGCUGAGGAAGUAGGUUAGGGGACCCAAAAUUACAUUUGUACGUGCUAUAGUAGCGUGAGAUUGAUGUUGUUGUUGCCAUGAUUUUAGUAGCUAGCACGGGGUACUUUAUGCUUUGUGUUCAUGCAAAAUGCAGUUUUCCUUGGGCC